UUGCCCAUCAACUUUUGCUACUAGAAGAGGGUUGUGUAAAGCUAGUAAGCUAGCAGCAUAACAUAUCCAUUCGAAGCUACUUUUUACCACGCGUGGUGUUUUUCAACCUUUUGCCAUUCAAUCAGGGAUUCAAAAUCGUAAACAAAUAAGCAACACAUUCCAGAAGUGACGAAGAGCCUCCAUUUUCGUACGCGGCUGCCCGGACCAGCCUGAAAGACGGCAGAAAGCUAGCUGUUUGUGCUCUAGGCUAACUUUCCCUGCCAGAGCAAUCAGGCAUCUUGUAACAAAGUGUCUAUCUGACGAUACUUUUGUCGACUACAAAACCCUCCCAGCAUGCUGAUGGUGGGAGGCAAUGGACGGAUGCACUAGAAUGAGUGUGAAGGAGCUGUGUGAGACCGAUGACCUGGCCACCGGUUUGGUGCUGGACCCUUUGCUGGGCUUCAGCACCCACAAGAUGAACAUCAGUCCCCAACCAGAGAUCCGGCGCUGGGGUAACCUCAAAGAGACCCUGUUGCGCUUUCAACGUACGCAUGAUUUCGAUGCUACGUUUGAGGCGCUGACAGUGGGCGAACACGCUGGUGACUAUUUUAAUGCAUUAGGAAUCCAUCGACUGGAGCUGCUGAGACAACAUGUGUAUCGCUACCUUGAUGCCUUCCUACUGGAUAGUGGAGUCAAAAUAGAGUCCUGUGACAGAUACUCCUCAGAAACAAAUGGAGCAAAGAUUACCUCAACGAGGCAAUGGUUUGCAGGAGAGCGUGUGGAGGUCCUGCUGGGCUGCAUAGCAGAACUGAGCCCCACCGACGGCACUGUCUUGAGGGCAGGGGUCAAUGAUUUCAGUGUGAUGUAUUCAACACGCAAACGCUGCACUCAGCUCUGGCUUGGGCCUGCAGCUUUCAUUAACCAUGACUGCAAACCAAACUGCAAGUUCCUCCCAGGGGAGAAGAAUAUCGCGUGUGUCGAGGUGAUUCGACCCAUUUCACCUGGGGAGGAGAUCACGUGCUUCUAUGGUGCCAGCUUUUUCGGCGAAGGAAAUGAAAUGUGUGAAUGCUGCACCUGUGAGAGGAAUGGAGAGGGUCACUUCAAACACAAAGGAAAGCAGCCAGAAUGUGAAGAAACAAAGGACCAUGUGGGGCAAAAGUACCGCCUUAGAGAGAGAUUGCUUCGUCAUCACCGAGAGAAGGGUCACUUCGCUGCAAGGACGAUAAUACCAGGAGCCCACUCAGGAAUCUUUAAAGCCAUCCCUUCAAGGAAUUCCUUUACCCAGCAGAUGAGGAGAAAUGCUUUGAAAAACAGACAAUUUUGUCAAACAAAGAAGUGGAGACGAGAGAAGCUCAGACUAUCAGGGAGGCACGGAGGGAAAUCCUCCACAGACAGCCAGUGUCGAACACUUCCUUAUUGGUCUGACUUCACUCUGAAGGACAUUAGAAUCAGAGUACGGCGCCACUCGGUGGAGUUCUUACUCAAUUGUAAGAAUCCAAAAAGCAAAGAAAGGGCUUUGCUUCAACAGCUGGAAGAAGUGAGGCCAAAAGAUAAUGGGAUAAGUGAACUGAAUUCGACUGGUGUAGAAAACAACAGUGAGGUAAACUUGAAGCCUUUCACUCUAACUUCCUCCAUGUCAGUUCUUCAGAAAAGUGGCCCAACAGGAUGCAGCGCAGGCCUUAAUGGGAAAUCUGUCAAAGUGUUGGAUAGGCGGGCAGUUCCCCAGAGGUACUCUUCAAGACAAAGAAGCAUGAUUCAAACCACGCUCGCGUAUCAAACAGGAUCCAGCAACACAGCGAUCACUACAACCAUUUGUCAACCUGUCCAAAAUGACAAAAUCUGCAGUGCAACAACACAGGAGAAGAUUGAAAGAGCCACCACAGAGAGUCAAAGCAACAAGUACAGCAGCACUGAAUCCUGCAUCAUCAACACGGCUCAAAACCCAGCUGCUGGGAAAACAGAACAAAGGACUACCAGGGCAUCAGCCAUGUUGGAAGUCUUUCAGAGUGUCACCGAUAACACAAAGGAAUCUGGAGACAAUCCACCAAUAUCCCUGAAGCAAUACCUAACAGUAAACCUAACAAGGUUAUCGUUGCCACAAAGUGUAAAAGCAGAUGGGAAAGACAUUGUAAAGUUAUGUGGAAGGACCAGGCAUAGCCAGUGUCCCAGACCAGCACCUCUGUCAGUGCAGUCAGAAAAAAGAUGGUCCAGAUCUCAGCAGAGGCAGGGAGGAAGCUCAGAGACCUGCUCAGCUGAAGGUAACAGAGGGGUAAGGGAAAUGUUUUUCAAAGCCAUUGAUAAAGUCAAUUUAAGGGAGUGCCAAGCAAGUGAAGCUGUAGAUGAUUUAUCCCCCAGCAAGAAAGGGGGAAAUGAUAAAGUUAUAGAAAUACAAACGAUAUCACAAAAAAUAUAUGACGUACAGAAAGAGCAGCAGGACAUUGUAAAAGGCAAAGUUGAAGGGCAGGAAGAAAAGAAAAUUGCAGCUUCUGCAAUUGUGGAAUGUAAAAAUAACACAGGCCUGGAAGAAGUGAAAGAGGCAGAAUGUAAAAUUGUGCCCAGUGAAAAAACUAAAGAACCAAAUAUCAUACAGUAUGACAAAAUUAAAGCUGAGGAGGGAACUGUUAAACUAGCAGAACAAACGACUAGGAGUGCAACUAAUCGGCCAGUAAAUAGGCUUGAGGAAGAUAUUGUCAUAAAGCAGGCAAGGGUUAUGUUGUCUGAUAUUUUAAGAGAUGCACCUUUAAUAGAUAAGAUAUUACACAAUGAUAUUGUAGGAAGAGGGGUUUCUACCGCGCCCUCUGAAGAAACAGUAAGUGCUGAGGGGGAGGAAGAACUGGGUGAAACAAGAAGAGGCAGGUCCAGUUGUUUGUUGCAGAGAAGGAUGUUGAGGCAACGACAGUUGAGGCCUAGAACAGCAAAAACAAUGGCAGAAGCUAAUCAAAGAACAAGGGGACACUUUAGAAAAGAAGGUUCGGCUUUACUGAAGACUGAGUUGAGUGAGGACAGUUUAAGGCUUCUGUCGUCACCAAGGCAUAAUGACCCAUCGGCCCCAUGCUUUAACCAACUACCUCAUAAGUCACGCAUUACAGCAAAAUCUGCAAGUAAUCUGCAUCCAGGUACAAAUACACAGGCGCACGUACAGUCCAACAUUCCGCUCAAAAAACGUACAUUUCGCAGUUCUGUGGAAAUAGAUUCUGAACAACAUGUGAUUUCUGCUUCAGAUCAAGCUUCUAAAGAAGCCACUGAGAUAAAUUCAUCUGCAGAGCUGAAGAGUAGCAAAAUGAAGAGAGAUAAGAAAAGCAGAUGUAGGAGAACAGAGCUCCAGAGGUUAAACCCCAAAUGGACUGCAAAACAAAACUCCUGUAAGCGAUUGCUUCGUUCCCAUUCUAAUGAAGUUCAGCGACACAAACUUUUGAGAAAAGUUCGGAAGAUUAAAAUAGAGAGGCAAGAUCAGGACAUUGACAAGACUCCGAUUCGAGUGAGUGAUAGGCUUGCAAAGGAAAAACAGGCUGGGGAUCGUGCUAAAAUGCCUGUUCCAAAUACAUCCCAAAAACAUGAUGAGGUUGAAACAGAAAUCCACCAAUGUGGUUUGGAGGAGAUGAAGCCGCAGCUCGAUUUUAAGAUCCGAUUUAAGAGGAGGAGAGGGAGAGUAUGGGAGAUGCAAAAAGCAGGAUUGGGAAAUAUGGCAUUAAAAACAGAAAAGUGUGAUGGGUUGAUGACCUGUGACCCUUUUAAAGCAAUCAUGGAUUCUGUAUCAAUUUUAAACAUGGAGAUGGAGGCAGCUCAGGCACAUGUACAGGCUAGUAAGAAGUCAAAGAGCAGAUUGCAUCAUUUGAAAAAAAGAGGUGAGAAGCUGAGUGAAAUUAAAACAAAUACCUCCUCAGACACAAAACCAGAAAAAGACCUCGAAAAUGUACAUGCACCCAGUGAAACACCCAAAGCCAAAAUUGAGAUUACAGAAAAGCUUGAUGAGGAACAUCCAGAUGGAGUUAAACUGCUGCAAGACAAAAUCAAGGACUGUAAAACUGAUAGUAACAUGCCAGCUGUAGCAAAAGAAACAAAAAUUGAAGAUCAUUAUGUAAAUAAUUGCUGCUUGUUUGAGACUGGGUCACAACAGAAACUGCAGCCUGAAUUAGAUUCAAAUGGUCUUCCAUUACCAGUAAUUAAACUGCGCAGAAAGACGGAGGAUAUUUGGGAGGUGGACAGCAAAGAGAGGGUUAUACAAACUGAACUUAAAGUAGAGCCAAAAGUAAAGAAAGAGAUGUGCACUCACCUUUUAGGGAAACAAAAUAAAGGAUGUCCUAGUUUCAGCAAGCUCAAAGAAGAGUUCCCUUUCCAAAGACUUAACAGGAACUCUGCCUUUUUGAAAACAGAAGUGCAGCCAUUUUCCUUGUCUCUGUCACCACUGUCGCUGUCUUCCCCUCUUAAUGACAAUAAAACUGAAGUGGUAUACUCAACUGCAGAUGCAGUCACUGAAAGGCCAGAGAUGAACAGCGGAGGAAGGAAACAGAGGCACAAAAUGGAGAGACCACGAAAGUGUGUGCCUGUUGAAACACCCACCACUUGUCUUAGUCACACUCUACAACAAAUUGACAACAGUCUUUCCAGGCUCACAGAGGGCUUGUGUUCAUCUCAGACUUUGGAAAAGCCAAUAGCCUGUUCCAGUGCUUGUAAUUCUGUUAUCCAGCCCCCAUCCCAGUCUCCUCUAUUCACAACUGCAGAUACCAUGCUAUCUGGUGAGCCUAACUUCACAAACUGCUGCGAUGAUAUUCUGGAUUUUCAGUGCCUCAACUUUGAGGGAUAUUAUCAGCCACAGAAUAUACUUCCAUCGUCCCCAUCAGAUCUGUGUUCACUGGAUGCUCCCACUGAUCCUUUCAGCAGUCCCCUUUCUCACAGCCCGUCUGACACAUGGGCCACUGAGACGCCGUACCUUGGCCCUCCGAGUCCAGGAAAUAACUUUACAAAUGAGGAUCUGCAGUUUUUUCCUGGUUUCAAUUCUUCCAAAAGUGACACUGUUCCUUUGGAAUGUGAAGUGAGGGAUGCUCCCAAAGACAGAAACCAACCCAACCCCAGUUUUGGUUUUGCAGCUCUAGGCAACAUUGACUUCACUGCUAAGGAUCGACUUUUUAGUAAAAAUCCAGGGAUGAGACCGUCCAGAGAAGACUUCAGAACUCAGUCUUUUCCUGUGGUCAGCAAGCCUCGAUUGUUUGGUGCAACACCAUCUUCUGUUACAUCUCAAACUCCUGUUACUUUAACCCCACCAUGCAUCAAUGUAAAGGCGAGCACCAGCCAACCGAAAGCCCACUCGAACAUUAGAACCCAGGGCCCCUUCCAUCGUAUGACCAUUCCUAGUAAAUCCCAGACUUUUUCUAGUUGUCAGCCAACGACAGCAAGAGGAGUGCCCCAGAGUUGCUUCACUAAGUCUGUUCCACCAUCUCAAACUGUUAACAAAUUCCCCUCUGCUCAACUCUUCACUUUAAAAAAUCCAAAUCCUCCCGAUAAUCCUUUCAAAUUCCAAGAGAAAAGCUCCACAGUUAUUCACAGGGUGCUUAAGUAUCAGGGGGGGAACCAGAGUCAGAACCUGUAUAGUGCACCAUGUAAAGACGCCAUGGCUGCUGGCAGCCCGAUUGUCACAUCUAGAACAUUUGGUACAAAAUCUGGUGCGUUUGAGAAAACCCAGCAGAGUCAGAAACUAGGUGUCGGUGUUGGCAGUCAUCAUAAAGGCAACAUUUCUGUUCAUGGGUUUGGAAAAGAUGUUGAACAUUUUGGAUCCUCCAGCAACCCCAUCAGGUCCAACCCUCACUUCAACAAACCCAACUCUUUACCUCUGUCUUCUGUUAAAAAUACAAUGCCAUCUGACAAACACGAAAGUGGUGAAAAUAAUUUCACUUUCAAAAACAUGCAAAGACCCCUUUUCUUUCCUAGCAAAGGGUCUGAUGGUUAUUCAUCAUCACAAGACAAGAAAUCCACUUCGUCAACCUCAGAUAAGCACCAGUCAUGCUUUAUUCAGCAAGAUCCCUAUGAUUUUAGCUUCAGUUCAUCUAUUUCUCCUAUGCCUCAGCACAACAAUCCCCAAGUGGCUCAGACUACAGCUCCUGGUACGCCGGCACCAGCAAACAAGAGUCAGUCCUCAACCUCCUCGGCCUCUUUCCCUUAUGGCUAUCAAGGUCCUCCUUACGUACUUAAUUUCAGUGGAGAUCAUUCAUUGACCCUAGGUCUCAGGGAUGGGGCUGACGGUUACCCAGGAUUAGGCUCAACAAACUACACCUACCACUGUCUGAUGGAACCUUCAGGCACCCAAGGAAGACUAGUUCUUGAGCCCUGUGGACCCCAGCUGUCUAACCCAGCAUCUUUUUCUUUGGGUGGAUUCUCAGGGCUCAAAGGUCAGGAUGACCAUUGCAGAAAGGACAUGCAGCAACAGUGCCAGCCUGGGGAACAUCAAGGCACACAACACUAUGGACCUGUUCCAUUGUCUCAUUCAAUGGGUCCCACAAAACCCAAGAGAGUGAGGCUAGUGGUGACGGACGGCACAGUAGACUUAGAUCUCCAGUACUCGGAUUGAUUUAUACCCCUGCACAGUUUGGAUGUUGUUUGCUAAAGGGGAAAUACAGUUUCUGCCACAAGAUGUUUUUGUAAGCACUGUAAUGUGAAUCUUCCAUUCAUGAGAGCCUGUUUACUUUUCUAAAUUACCAUUUUGAUUGACUGUUAGUGUAUGAAUGACUUACAGAGGAGUUUUAUCUAAAGCAGAUGUAACAGUGUGUUAAAACUACUGUGUAUGAUUUGUCAAAAAUGUAAACAAUACACAUCAAUUUUUUUAAAUGUCCAAAUUCAAAAAUGUAUGAAUAAAAUAGCUAAUUAAAUAUAUUUGUGACUUUAGACUUACAGGCCUAGUAAACAUUGAAAGCCCUUUUAUGUACUGUAACAUAGUAUGACUUUUUCUAUACAAUGUAUGUCGGUCAAGACACGAGCACCAUCAUUGCUUGCUGGUACUUGUAUUGGUGUAAGAAGGCAGCUUUGUGCCUCAGUCUUUGAUAUGUUCUUGUGACUUUUUAAAGAAACAGUUAACCCUCUUUUAUACUCACAGUAAGCUCCUUUCUCAUUUUGUGUGUGUGUGUGUGUGUGCAUGUGUUUGACAGGCAGGUCUUAAGGGAUCAAAUUAAGGUGUGUUGUUGCACCUUCUCCUGUGACUGUUUAUGAUCAUUAGUCAUUUUUGCAUUAGUGAAAGGCUUGUGCAUGAACGGUGUACAGUAAAAAGAUUUCCUCACCGUAACUAAUAUACAGUAUAUUCAAUGACAACUUUAGUGGGAAACCACAUGAACUGCAGGUUUCACAGCUGCUCUUUUGAGUACCUAGUUGAGAUUAAAAAACUAACUGCAAUGUUUUAUUUUUCAGGCUGUUGUGCUUGAUGGAUUGAGGUAAAGUACACCAUCUUUGUUAUGGGUGUCAGCAAGGUUGAAACGUUUAGAUAUGUAUGUUACAAGAAAACUGACAAUCUUCUCCCGGAGUGUCUCCCUUUUUAUUGUUAUCUUUUUUUUUCUUUCAAGGAAAUCGGUUAUUAUACAGAAAGUAAAACAUAGAGAUGUUUUUUGUUGUUGUUGAUGGAGCAACACAAUUGUGUCUUUACACAAACAGAAUUACUUGUUGUUGAUUAUGAAAGUCAUGCAAACAAUCCCUCAUUUCAUGUACUGUAUGUUGAACCCAUUCUCCAUUAGUGGGCAGGAGUGUUCGUUGUGACUGCACAGCCUUUCAUUACUAAGAAAUUGUACUGUCUUGAUAAGGAAAGGCCAAUUAUUUAUUUUAAUAUCCUCAUCCUUGAAAUGGUGCUUUUAUGUAAUUUAUAUUUAACAUUGAUUGUUCAAACUGUUAAAUGUUUUGUAUUAUUAUUUAAUAGGACAAAAUAAUGAAUUGAUUUAGACUGAGUAUUUAAUUUCCCAGCAUUCAACAUGUUAUUCAAUGUUUCAGUUGUUACAGGAAAACUUUUGUCUUUUUUCUUAUUCGCAGUUAGUCUUAAUGAAAGUCUGCUGUAGAAAUGUAUAAAUGUAGCUAUAUCAUUAAAGAUAAUUCAUUCUUUUUAUAU